AUGCCAUUGAUCGUCAACUCAGCGAACCGCUUCGUCUUUGUUCUCAUCGCGUUUUUUGCAUUCAACAGCGCUUUUUAUCUGCCUGGCUUAGCACCAAAUGUAUAUUGUCGACAGUCUGUUGCAGAUUCGAAAUGCAAAACACGAGUGGAUGUGUUCGUUAAUCGGUUGGAUUCAGUCGAGUCAAUUCUUCCCUAUGAAUAUUCUUAUUUUGAUUUUUGUACGGUUGAUGAUGAACCCUCACCUGUUGAAAAUCUUGGUCAAGUGCUAUUCGGUGAACGAAUUCGGCCAUCACCUUACAAGUUUGAUUUCCUUAAACCCAUUGAAUGUAAACUGGCGUGUAAAAAGAAAUAUUCCACUAAUGAUGAGCAAUCACAAAAGCUGCUCAAACGUUUAAUGAAAGGAAUGACUUUGAAUUAUCAACAACAUUGGAUUGUCGAUAAUAUGCCGGUGACAUUAUGUUAUAAAAAUGCAGAGGAGAAAGAAUUCUGCUCACGAGGAUUUCCUAUUGGCUGUUAUGUAACGAAAAGAGGACAAUCGAAAGAAUCGUGUAGUAUUCGUGAUGGGAAAAAUGAUACCUUUUACGUAUUCAAUCAUUUGGAUUUUGAAAUCAGUUAUCAUAGUGGACAAGGUGAAUCGUGGGGUACGACAUUCGGAGAUGAAGGUGGUCGAAUCAUUGCAGCGAAAGUUCAAGUUAGCAGGUUAGUUGAAGAAUACUAUGAAGAUAUUUCCAUACUGAUCUUUAGUUUGAAUUCUGAUACUUGUACACGUGGCAUUGACCCAGUUAUAUUCCAAUCGACAACUACGAACAUCGAAAUUCCGUAUACAUACAGUGUGAAAUUCAAGAGAAAUAAUGAUAUACGUUGGGCUAGUCGAUGGGAUUAUAUUCUUAAAUCAUUACCACAAACACGCAUUCAAUGGUUUUCGAUUUUUAAUUCACUUGUGAUUGUUCUAUUUCUGUCGGGAAUGGUGGCAAUGAUUCUUCUACGUACGUUAUUUAAGGAUAUCGCACGCUAUAAUCAAAUGAUAGAAACUAUCAAUGAAGAUGAUGCUCAAGAAGAAUUCGGCUGGAAAUUAGUUCAUGGGGAUAUUUUUCGAUCACCACCGCAUGGAUUACUCUUAGCAGUUCUUAUUGGUAAUGGUAUGCAAAUUGCUAUUAUGUCCUUGAUAACCUUAGUUUUCGCCUGCCUUGGAUUUCUUUCUCCGGCACGGCGUGGUGCAUUGAUGACUUGUGCAAUUGUCUGCUAUGUUCUUUUGGGCACACCAGCUGGUUACACGUCAGCUCGAUUAUAUAGAUUAUUCGGCGGAGAGAACCGAAAGAAGAAUGUCGUUAUGACAGCAGUGGCAUGUCCUGGUGUUAUUUUUGGAAUAUUCUUUGUUUUAAAUCUUGUCCUCUGGGCGAAUGGCAGCUCGGCAGCGAUUCCAUUCACGACAUUUCUUGCACUGUUAGCUCUUUGGUUCUGUGUAUCAACUCCAUUAGUAUUUUUCGGAGCUUUUCUCGGUUUUCGAAGUCCAACAUUGAGACAUCCCAUUAGAACAAAUCAAAUACCUCGACAAAUACCUGAACAAACGUUAUACACAAAACCUUUAACAGGUAUUCUCAUGGGUGGUGUACUUCCAUUUGGCUGUAUUUUCAUCCAAUUAUUUUUCAUUCUGAACAGUAUCUGGGCUCAUCAAUACUAUUAUUUCUUUGGCUUUUUACUUGUCGUUUAUAUCAUCAUGAUUUUAACAUGUUCAGAAACAACUAUUCUUCUCUGUUAUUUUCAUUUAUGUGCCGAAGAUUAUAAUUGGUGGUGGCGUUCGUUUUUUACAUCGGGUUUCACGGCUGUCUAUUUUUUUCUCUAUUCAAUUUACUAUUUCACGACUAAAUUAGAAAUAUCCGAAGGUACAUCAACGUUUCUUUAUUUUGGGUAUACACUCAUGUUAACAUUUAUUAUGUUCUUAUUUACUGAUUUCAUGCUUCCAACUGUACCAACACUGACAAGUAUCUGCGAAGAUGCGCUUAUAUCGGCAAAAAUCGAAAAACAUGACUUAAAACCAAUGAACUGUCAAUUGAUCAAUGAAGAAUAUUUAAAUAGGACUUCGUCGAAUUGCGAUCAGACCUUUGAUACUUCAGCAUUGUACUGUCCAACGGCAAAUUUGAAAAACUUGUUUCGUAUAUCACAUCUAAAUGUUUCACAUCCAUCACGAGCUUCGUUAUGGUUUCAUCUUCUUCGACAAGAUCAAGCACGAAAUCGGAACAAAUUUCAACAAGCAGUCGAACGAUAUCCAGAAGACGUACGCAAUAUGUUUGGCCGUCGAAAUGAUAUUUCGGUUCGUACUCCACCGUGCGUUGAUCCAAACCAUUUACCUUAUUAUCAUUUAAAUCGUCGUGGUCAACAUGCUGUUACUCGAAUUCUAUGUGUCUUUGCAUAUUAUCAUCCUGAUAUAACAUGGGCACCAUUACUUGCACCGAUGACAGCUUUGUUUCUACAUUACAUGACCGAAAUCGAUGCCUACGAAUCAUUACUGAUUCUUAGUAGCACCGAUUACAAGAUAAUAACACAAACGGAAAUACAAUUUCAAUCGUUCACAUUAUCAUUUCGAAGUAUAUUACGCCGCCAUUGUCGUACAACUUAUGAAACGCUUACCAAACAAUCUCAAGAUCCAUCAAUAUUUGAUGAAUGGCUCUGGAUUAUAUUUGAAUAUUUACCAUUUCAAUAUCUCAUACCGGUUAUCGAUUGUCUUCUAAUUGAAGACGUGAAAAUCCUCAUGCGAAUUGGCAUGGCAUUAUUCCAUUUUUAUGCAAAAUAUGGUCUGAAUCAACAAAUAACAUCAGCAAAACCACGCCGACGAGAAUCAUUAUUUCGUCGAUCAAAGUUUGGUCGGGCAUCUGGGCGAUUACAAAAUCAAACUUCGCCGUCAUCCACUAGAUCAACUGCAACCAUGUUCGAUAACUUGACUGCUUAUGUACAACAUUUCGAUGUUCCAUUGGAGAAAUUUUUCAAGCAUGCCUUUGCCAUUCAUCAUUUACAACGUAAAGAAGUGUUUCGAGCUAUUGAGCCCAACUCCCAUCGUUUGAGAAUAUCUGCAUCGAAUUUGAUUAAAAAAAUUGCGAUGUCGCCUGCGGUCAUUAAAAAAAAACUGCAUAUCGUCGAAGAAGAAAAAAUCAAAUUAGAUCGCCGUCGUGUAAUGCCGAAUUUACGUCGCUCAUCAUCAGCUGGUAAUAAUCUAACUGUAACAACCACACUCAUGGCGAAACCAAUAAUAACCCGUCCAGUACAUCAUCAAAAUUCCAUGCCGAUUAUUAUGGUUCGUGAAUUUGAUACGACGACAGCAAGCCAUUCUGAUUUUGCUUAUCUUUGGUCAUUAAUACCAAAGAGAUUGUCGGAUUUUCAACCUGAACGAAUCUAUUCAUCGAAUAUUCAUGGUCGCCGUCUACGAACAUUGUAUGAUCAUGUUGAAUACCAUGAAUGUUGUCUUAUCAUAAUUCGUAAUGAAAAGCAAGAAGUGUUCGGAGGCUUCUGUUCAGGUCAAUUAGCAAAUCGUGCGAAAACACGCGCAUGGUUUGGUACUGGUGAAUCAUUUCUAUUCACAAUUAAACCUGAACGACAAACUUUCAAAUGGAUCGGCUAUUCAGCAGCAAGCAAGGGCAAUACACAACCUUACGAAGAUUAUUUUAUCUAUGCUGACGACGAACGUUUACAAAUGGGUGGAAGCAAAGAACCAUUGAAUAUUGGCUUGUCGAUUCGACAGGAUUUAAAUGAAGGUACCACGAAAGCUUGUGAUACAUAUGCCAGUAAACCGUUAUCAAGCGUCGAAAACUUUCAAAUUAUGGAAAUUGAAGUUUUUGGGUUUGCGCGAUGA